AUGAAAAAGAAACAUCCCGGACAUGAUAAUCACUUGUUCGUCCCAGAUAAUCUCAGCAAUCCGCGAGGAAGUCAAUUUCAUGUUGCACAUUACUCUCAAAGCCCUGAGAUCAACUAUUUCUCUCAAGUUUCUGGAAAUUUUUCUCCAACUCCGCCACUACCGAGUAUCAAUUCCAAUUCAAGAUUCAAUCCUAUCGAUACAAACAAGAAGCCCGUAGCCGCCACGAUGGCCCCAAUGGGCUCGGCCAGCUUUCCGCAGUUUCAUGGCAGUACUUUUGAUCCGAAUAUAACUCCUCUACGGCCUCCUGAUACGCGCGUCUUUCAGGUCAUCGAUCUACCGCGCCCUGAAUUUGAACCACUACCAGGAGCAGCUUCAGAGAUUGGGAAUACUUGGAGCCAAUUUAAUGCUUCAACCAUUUGUCAUUCAGAGUCGACAUUCCAAAACAUCAACGAUGCGGGCAUCAUGAAUGACUAUGAGACUUACAAUGGUGACUAUGAUACAAGUCGAUACGCCCAAUCGGAAUACAACCGUUAUUACAGAUGA